AUGGCUGUUCGGCAACGAUCCAGUUUUGCCGGCUUAUCGAGUUGUCACCCCGAACAACCAGGCCGAACCGCCACCGAGCUACAUCGGGCAGCCAAUUUAUAUUUCAUUUUUAUUGUUGUGUUGAAUAUGAUAAUUGGAGCGUUUGGGAAAUACAUCUCAUUGAUGCCAAUCUCUUUCGUCCUCGGAGUCACAGCUAUAAAAGACGCUUUCGAGGAUUAUCGCCGAUACAAAUCCGAUCAAAAAGUCAAUCAUUCCACCUGCCGUGUUUGGGACUCGAGUCAGGGAAGGUAUCGCAAGUUAGAAUGGAAACAUAUCCUCGUUGGCGAUUUCGUGCAUCUUUCUCACGAUGAGAUCAUUCCGGCAGAUAUGCUGCUGCUGAGAAGCAGCGAUGCUAAC